UUUUGAAGGAUGGAUUUAAAUGACGAUACAUUCUUCGUUCCUCUCAUGCAUGAGGGAGAAUAUGGUUACAAUGCAUAUACGACGCCGGCUUCUUUUCAUGAGAACAUUGAUUCCCAAGGCACUCAACUCCAACCUCAAACGGAAUCCACUACUAAAAAAACUCCACGAAAAGGAAACUUUAGUGUGGAAGAAGAUAACGUACUAGUAUCGGCUUGGCUCACUACUAGUAUGGACGCAAUUCAUGGUAUCGAUCAAAAAGCUUCAAAAUUUUGGAUGAGAGUUCAUGCGGAGUAUGAUGAACAUAAGAAGCCCAACUAUUGUGAACGUUCUGUGAACUCUUUAACGAAUCGGUGGUCAACGAUCCAAGUUGCCACCAACAAGUUUUGUGGAUGUUUAGCUCAAAUCGAAACAAGGCAUCCAAGUGGCGUUACCGAACAAGAUAAGAUUGAGGAAGCGAAGGUGAUGUAUCACAGUAUCCACGGUGGCUCAUUUAAUUUUCAACAUUGUUGGAAUAUAUUGAGAUUUCAUCCAAAAUGGAAACAAACUGUGUCCGAAGGAGUCAAAAAAAGGAAAAGGAAAACAGUUGCACAGGAAUCUUCUUAUACUCCAGAUUCAAUACAUUUAGGGGACGACAAUGGGUCUCCAUCAGUGAUUGUAGAUUUGGAGAGGCCAAUUGGCAAGAAGGCCCAAAAAGAGAGAGAGAGAACACGAAGGAGGCAAGACCAAAUGUCUGCGAAUCUUGCAGAGGUAAUUAAUGGUAUGAAGGAAGAAAAGAAGAAAUCUCAUGAUCAGAGAAUUGAAGAACGACAAGAGUAUAUUCGUCUUACAAAAGAAAGGCUUGUGUUUGAGCAAGCAAGAGAGGAAAGGGAAAAAGAGGCUGAUAUUCUUAGUAAGAAAAGACUUGAGAUAGAGCAAUUAAGAGAGGACAGAGAAAUUAUGAGUAUGGAUACAAGCAGCAUGUCUCCAAUGAGAGCCACAUAUUUUCGUUCACGUCAAAUGGAAAUAAUUGAAAAACGUACGGUUAUUCCCAUUUGA